CUCACCAAGGCGCAAAGGCAUCCGGGCGCCACUUCACCUGCGGGAUGACUUAAGUGCGUGAAAUCCGACUCGCAGAGGCAGUUUGGUGCUCAGCGCGCGGCAGUGUGCUCUGCUGCUCAGCUGACAGGCAGGAAACAGCUGAAUAGCUGUUAGAAGAAGGAGAAAAAAGUUUGACUUUUCACUGGUGAAGUCCGGCGCGUGCCGCUUCUGUCUGCUCCGACCUGUUGGCCCGCGGAGCUCUGAGGGGCCAUCGGUCGUUGUGUUGCGGGUCCGACAUACAAGUCAGAGACAGGACUUAAAAGCCGGCUGCGACGAUGAUGUCCUACAUAAAGCAACCCCAUUACACCAUGAACGGGUUAAAUUUACCUGGUCCCGGAAUGGAUGUGCUGCAUACAACCAUCGCUUAUCCAUCCACUCCCCGGAAGCAGCGCAGGGAGCGCACCACCUUCACACGAACACAGCUGGACAUCCUGGAGGCGUUGUUCUCCAAGACCCGCUACCCGGACAUCUUCAUGAGGGAGGAGGUGGCCCUCAAGAUCAACCUGCCCGAGUCACGUGUGCAGGUUUGGUUUAAAAACCGCCGUGCCAAGUGCCGUCAGCAGCAGCAGCAGAGCAGUGGCCAGUCCAAACCCCGCCCUCCCAAAAAGAAGGCCUCCCCGUUGCAGGAACCCAGCAUCCUUGAUCCUGUCCCUAACCCAUCUGGUUCCUACAGCCCCUCCUCUGUCCAGUCAGGCCCCGGCCUGGUUCCGAGCUCCAGCACCGGGAACACCGGCGUGUCCAUCUGGAGCCCGGCCAUCUCGCCCCUGCCCGACCCCCUGGCCUCCUCCUCGGCCCCCUGUAUGCAGCGGCCCUCACCUUACCCCAUGAGCUACGGCCAGCCGUCGGCCUACACCCAAGGCUACGCCAGCACCACCUCCUACUUCACCGGCCUGGACUGCAGCGCCUAUCUGUCCCCCAUGCACUCGCAGCUGUCGGGCACCGUGGGCGCCCUCAGCCCCAUCACCGUGCCCUCGAUGGGGGGCUCCCUGAGCCAGUCCCCGGCCUCGCUGUCCUCGCAGGGCUACAGCACGGCCUCCUCCCUGGGCUUCACCUCUGUCGACUGCCUGGACUACAAGGACCAGCAGGCCUGGAAACUGGGCUUCACCACAAUGGACUGCCUGGAUCACAAGGACCAAAACUCCUGGAAGUUCCAGGUCCUCUAGAGAGGGGUGUCGCUCGUGUGUGUCAAAGGGUCCCACGUGAGAUAGUGUGAGGCAUGUCUGCUGGAGGACUUGUUAUCUUUGAUUUUAUCUUUCUUGUCUGUAAGAUUUUUGUCUUAUUUUCUAAAGGUGACCUCUGUAGGAAUGCAUUUAAUUUGAAUGACUUCGGAGAGGAAGGGACCAGUGUACUGAAAGUACCGGAGUCGUACGUAGGGAAACACACUGAGCUGUUUGCUCUCAACAUGUCCGACUCCGACGCAUAGACAUUUUCUUUGAAACUUGCAUUGUCAUAGAGUGAAAGCUGCUGUGGCGGGACGGAGCUGUGAAGUCCUGAGAGGUCACCUCCUAUUUCGGGGUUUAAUCGUUUUAAACUAUUAAUUAUUAUUCUAUGCUACAUUUAAAUGUCCUUUGUUUGCGUUAAGAGCUUAGCAUUUGUGUUGCGUGCAGUGUUAGCAGUGUUAGCCUUCAGUGUUUAUCAUCCCAAUCUGUUUGAUGGUUAAAAAAAAAGAUUUGUGACAUAUUAAAGUGAUCUGUUCUUUACACUUUGUGCACGGACAAUCAUUC